UUGUCAUUGAUAAAGGCAAUGCUCUUCUGAUCUUUUGAUCACAGUAUUUAGAAGUGCCGCGGUAUCAAAAUGGUGAAGGUGUGGUAUAUGGAUAAUAAAGAAAAUGACCAACGUUUGGAGCAUCAUAAAAGCCCACCCGAAUAUUUGUCACUAGAAGAUCUUCACCAGAAAACAGGCGUAGAACACUUCACUAUAAAUGCCGACAGUUAUGAAGACGAUGAAUUGUUGACUGCUAUUCGUAAAGAUCGGAAUUACUCAUACGAAGAUGAGAUAACUUGCUCUAAAUCGUGUUUACCAGACUUUGAAAAUAAGCUGAAGUCGUUCUACACCGAGCAUUUACAUACGGAUGAAGAAAUUCGACUGGUUUUGGAUGGAUCAGGAUAUUUUGAUGUCAGAGAUGCAAAAGAUGAUUGGAUUCGAAUAGCUGUUAGUAAGGGAGACUUAAUAAUUAUACCAGCCGGCAUAUAUCAUCGAUUUACCUUGGACAUAGAGGGUAAUGAUGGAGAUUUAUGCCACGAACUAUUUAGGCGUUUAUGACGCUAGGUGCUGUUAUGCACUUUCCGGAAGCGAUGUAAUGGUGUGCUUGACUCAGGUAGUGAGUGAACAAAGGAAGUAACAAGAUCUCAAUGUCUUCACUGCUCGGGAAAUAAUAAUUACGUUUCAGUAGAUGCAUCAGUCUUCCAACUUUCUGGGGUAUUUGAAGAGUAGUCAGCGACAGAUUGAAGACCUUGGUUAGGUAACUUACCACCGUCAAACCUAGAUUCUAUAACAUCAACAUGUUAAUUCUUUCUGAUUCGAAGAUUACCAUAGGUCGAGAAGUUAUGAUAUUUAUCAGACCACCCCUAAUGAUGAUAAUAUUAAGCGAUCUUUUACAGUUGCUCAUUAUUCUGUAGUACACCUAUGUUUCGGCGAUAUCUUGUUGGGCAACAUGGAAUCGGGGGGAUGUAUAUAUUGAAUAUAUUCGAUAUAGCUUUUGAUGAGACGAUAUUGCACUGUGCUCUAUUACAGCUACGCCUCCGCCAUUAUCCCGCUCGCGAUCCUUACGUAUAACGUUGAAACCUGCCAAAAAUCGAAUGAAAUCGCGGGGACGGUUGUUGCACUGUGGUAUUGCUUGGCGACGCUUCUUACGGGGACAAACCCCUGAAGCACUAUACAACUAAGACAACCUAACUCAAAGUCUUAAUGUCUGAGUAGAUCUUAGUAUGGCUCCAUAUAUUGCAUGUAUUGCCGCUAACAGAAGUGGAGUUAGGAUGGAGUCUUUUAGCGCAAAUGCAACAAAAAAUUUCUUGGAGACAGAGUUGGAUUCAAUGCCAGCACGGAUCGGGAGGAUGCAGGUAUUGCAAAAUCAACGGUUAUGUUUUAAGCCGAACAAAGUAAGGCCACCUUUCAGAAAAGAGUUAUAAGCAAAAUAUAAUAUUAAAAUGUGGGUAUUUGUGUUGUGCAUUUUGAGGUAUCAUCUUUCUUUU